UGAUAACUUAUUUAACCGACUAACCUAACCCCAUGAGUACUCGAAUUACUUAUGUUCCAACUUACAACCUCGUUAUUCAAAUUUCACAUCCUAGGCAACGAAUCUCAAAGUGACCAUGGAUGAAACACCAGAUGAAAGAAAGCGCUCGGGUCGGUCCAAGUCAAUUGGUCCCUGCGUAAUCUCCUGUAUCUUCGUCUUCCUCACUCACCUGGUCCUCUCUCUCGUCCCCCGCUUCUUCUCCGCCUCUUCCUUCCUCGCCCAACUCGCUCUCUCGGCCCUGCUGCUUCUCUUCUUUCUGGGUUUUGGCGGAUGGUGCAGAAGGACCCUUCUGAAACGCCGCGCUUCAGCUCCGGCUUUCGUGUUCUUCAACAUUCUCUUCAUUUGGGGGUUUUACAUAUCAGUUAUCAGUCAAGCCGUGUCACUGCUCAACGACGCCGUUUUCAGCUGUGAGGUUGUCUUCCUCCUCAUUGGUCUCUACAGUAUAAUUACAAGUGACCCUGGCUUUGUAACAAAUGGGUUUGCCUCUUCAGACCAAGUUGCGGAGGGUUCAGUUUCUGAAGUUCAUAUUCAUGAGAAGGAGUUGGAGGUUUUAGCAAGUGGUUUAUCUGACGACUCAACUGAAGGUUCUGGUUUGGUUACGAGGGUACGAUAUUGCAGGAUCUGCAAGUCAUACAUAAAGGGUCUUGACCACCAUUGCCCAGCUUUUGGGAACUGUAUAGGACAAAAGAAUCAUCCCCUUUUUCUAGUUCUUCUGUUUGGAUUGAUCAUUACUGAGGCUUCUUAUUUAGUAUGCACAUCACUCUUUGUUGCCAAAUCCAGGCUCUUACGUAGACCUAGCUUAGAGCCUACUCUUUCUGAAAAUUUAACUGUUAGCACAAUUAUGUUCACCAUUCUCCAGUUGGUAUGGCAGGUGCUGUUUGUGAUAUGGCAUAUAUAUUGUGUAUGCUUCAACAUCAGAACUGAUGAGUGGAUGAACUGGAAGAAGCAUCCAGAGUUCCAACUUCUUGUUCAACCUCAGCCAGGGAAAAACUUCACGAGUAUAAAGUUCAGGAAUCCUUAUGACAAAGGCAUUCGACAGAAUGUCAAGGAGUUUCUAGCGUUAAGAGCCUGACAGUUUCAACGUCUAUUUCUCCAGAAGCCUUGCACACUUCUCUGCGUUCCACCCAUUUUUAAAAAGCAGUCGCUCUUAUCGCUUCUUGCAUAUUCCAGUAUUUGGAGCAACAGGAGUAGGAGGGAUUGAUUUAACGGAAAUAGUUCUUGGGUUUGAAGGUAGUGUCUCAAAGUCCAUUUCAAAAAUUGACAGAACGUUGAGUAGGCCGAUUAUAACAUAUCUUGGCUCCUGUAAAUUUACGGCCUGUGUAUGCACUUCUGUGAUUUGCAAGUGUCUUCAUAUUGUUGAACUCCGAAUUAUGAUUCUGGUCAAUGAGAGUAAAUGUAUAGGCAUAUAGCGACACGGAAUUGGUUCCAGCUCUCUCCUUUGUUCUGUAAAGGUGGAGAUGUAAAGGGAAAGGAUGAAGAAGCUGUGACAGAAUCCUUUUGGCCACCAAGCAACAUCUUCGGCCCCUUCUCGCCGCGGCCGACAUUCAGUACCCUUUCAAGGACCUUCCCUUCUCUUCUUCUCACACUGUGUCCUCUGAUUGUAACUAUCAAAUAACUCAAGUCUGAUCCUGAAUUUUCAUUUAGAUUGUUGCAAAAUGCAAAUAAAUUUUAAUUAAAACAUA